GAUAGUGCAGUGAAUUGAACUACAGUUAGCGCUAGCUCCACCUAAAAAGUUAUAAUGAUAAAUCCGCCCACAAUUCAAAAUGGCCUCAAGUGCUGAAGCUUUUUCUGUGAAGAUCCUGGAAGCAUGUGAGGCAGGAGAGACCUUUGUAAAAGAGUUUUAUUCCACUGUAGACAGGAGAAGAAACUUGUUAUCAGGUUUUUAUUCUGAUACAUCAUUCAUGGUCUGGAAUGGUCACACUCACACUGGAUCAGCUAAUAUAAGCAACUUCUACCAGUCAUUGCCAACCAGUGAACACGAAGUGACAUCAUUUGACUGUCAGCCUCUCAAUGAUGGUCGUGAUCAAACUCAGGUACUUGUAUCCUGUUCUGGUCAAGUUUUAUUUGACACUCCAACAGAAGGCGUGGCUGGAAUGGGAGGGGCCAGCAAUUUUGGCUCCAAUCCUACUAAUUUUCAUCAAAGUUUCAUACUUGUGAAGCACCCCGAGUACUGGAAGAUUGACAGUGACUGUUUCCGUUUUCAAGAACUAUGAAAAACACAUAUAUUUACCAUUGAUGGAUUAUAAUUAUUGUAAAGUAUUCACAAUAUAAAGAAUCAAUAUCUAA